ACGACUUUGGAAUGCACGAAUACUUUCAUCGGCGUUUGCGAUUGAUUGCUGCGAAGUUGGCUAACUGUAUUGACUUUAUCGGGGUUGAUUUUUCAGAGAUAUAGAAACUAAAAUGCACUCGUCACGUUGUAAUUAGCGAGGUAGUUGGCGUGAAGUUUGAUUUCAGAAUGAUGAAGAAGGUGAUGAUGAUGAUGGUGAAGAUGAUAAUGAAGGCCCGCCCUGCUGAGAUGCAUCCCCUGUGAGGAGGAGGCGGGGCAUGAUGCUGGGCUGGCUGGGCGGGGUUAAUGGAAUACCCAAUCAGCGCGGCCGAGGAGCGGCAGCCCCCCCUCCCCCCGAAGCCCGGCCCCGCCCCCGGGUGCCCGCCGCAUGACGGCCAGCAGCGCCCCCACAGCAGCGCCGCGGGGUUCGUGCUGGUGCACGCAGGGGCUGGUUACCACUCAGAAUCCAAAGCCAAGGAAUACAAACAUGUCUGCAAACGAGCCUGCCAGAGGGCGGUAGAGAAGCUGAAGGCCGGAGCCAUGGCAGUAGAGGCAGUGACCGCUGCUCUUGUGGAGCUAGAGGACUCUCCGUUUACAAACGCAGGGAUGGGCUCCAACCUGAACCUGUCGGGGGAGAUUGAGUGUGAUGCCAGCAUCAUGGAUGGAAAGUCCCUCCAUUUUGGGGCGGUGGGUGCCCUUAGCGGGAUAAAGAAUCCGGUUUUGGUGGCGAACCGACUUCUCCAAGAAGCCCAGAAAGGGAAGCUGUCAGCUGGCAGGAUUCCUCCAUGCUUUUUAGUGGGGAAAGGAGCAUAUCACUGGGCAGUGCAUCAUGGGAUACCUCCUUGCCCUUCGGAUAAAAUGGCCACAAAGUUCAGUCUGUCUGCAUACAAGAGGAACAAGCGCAAGAUGGAGCUGGCGGAGAGAGCGGAGAGCGAGUACAAGCAGACCAAGAAGAGACGACAAUCAAGUGAGAACGGGGGCCUGGUGGACCCUUCUCCCCGGCGGGACGACGACUCAGGUUGCCUGGAUACGGUCGGGGCGAUCGUGGUCGACGGGGACGGGAACGUGGCAGCGGCCGUGUCCAGCGGGGGCCUGGCGAUGAAGCACCCCGGCAGAGUGGGCCAGGCUGCUCAUUACGGCUGUGGCUGCUGGGCUGAAAACGCCUGCAACUUGAACCCUUACUCAACAGCCGUGAGUACCUCAGGCUGUGGGGAGCACCUGAUGCGCACUGUUCUGGCGAGGGAGUGCUCUGCAGCCAUACAGGCAGAGAACGCCCACCAGGCCCUGCUGGACACUAUGCAACACAAGUUCAUCAGUUCCCCCUUCCUGGCCAGUGAGGACUGUGUUCUUGGGGGUGUCAUUGUGCUGAGAUGCUGCAGAUGUGUGGAGACACAGCCUCCACAAGACCUCCAGGCCCUGCUCGUGGAGUUCUUGUGGAGCCACACCACGGAGAGCAUGUGUGUGGGGUACAUGUCAGCCCAGGAUGGCAAAGCCAAGACGCACAUCUCCAGGCUGCCUCCCGGAGCGGUCGCCGGGCAGUCGCUGGCCAUCGAGGGCGGGGUCUGUCGCCUGGGGAGCCUCGCGGACUGAGGCUGGAGUCUUCCUCAGCAACGUACGCACUGCCCCCAAACCCCCAACCCCUAAACACAGCCUCCUAGCAGUAAUAAGCUUUAGCUCUUUAAAUUGGUGUGAGCCGGGGGCACAUAUCUAGAUGAGGUGGGCUUUUCUACUUAGUGCACUAUAGAAACCCCCUGCCCAACAUCUAUUCCUCUCUUCCCCCAGGCAAAAUGCUGUCCACAUAAUCCACAUCUGCAGUCUCACCUUCAAUAUCUCUGCUCUGUGUGUGUGUGUGUGUGUGUGUGUUUGUCUGUCUGUAACUACACCUAACAUCUGCUCUUUGUGUGUGUAACAACACUUGGCUUAAUAUCUUGCUGAGUGUGUCUGUAACUGCACCUGCCAGAAUAUCUCUUUUGUGUGUGUGUGUGUGUGUGUGUGUGUGUGUGUCUGUGUCUGUCUGUCUGUAACUACAUCUAACAUAAUAUCUCUGCUCUUUGUGUGUGUAGCAACACUUGGCUUAAUAUCUUGCUGAGUGUGUCUGUAACUACACCUAACAUAAUAUCUCUGCUCUUUGUGUGUGUAGCAACACUUGGCUUAAUAUCUUGCUGAGUGUGUGUGUGUGUGUAACUACACCUGUCAGAAUAUAACUGCUCUGUUAUAUGUGUGUGUGUGUGUGUGUGUGUGUGUGUGUGUCUGUCUGUCUGUCUGUCUGUAACUACACCUAACAUAAUAUCUCUGCUCUUUGUGUGUGUAGCAACACUUGGCUUAAUAUCUUGCUGAGUGUGUGUGUGUGUAACUACACCUGUCAGAAUAUCUCUGUUCUGUGUGUGCUUAAAAGCACUGCCUACCUACUCGCAUCAUUGCUGUCUGUAUAAGCUACGAUCUUGAAAACAGGGUGGACAAUGUCUUUAACUUCUUUUGUUCGUUUUCUUCGACCAACAUGUCACGGUUGUUCGCCUGUUGAAUGUAUUGUGAGAUGAGAAGACCUGCCCUGGCAUAUCUGUACACUGUUUGAUGAAGACAUGUUGAGUAGUCAGGACUGUUGCAUUUACUUUCCUUACUAAUUUAUUCAAUAAUGACUAAAUGCAAUUAAAUAAUCAGGUGUACAUGUACAUAUGAGUAGAAGUGAUGUAGGAAGGAGAAGGAGUUUCUCUGGGUAACCCAUAUUAAGAAAAACCUUAUCAUUGUGUAUGCUGUAGUAAUUACCCAUUCCUAUACUUAGUUAUUUGAACUAUGUAUGACUGUAUAGUUAAAAUAAUAUUCAUAAAAAUCUUAAUUACAUUGCCUCUUAGUUGUAAACAUGGAAUAUUAUUGUGUACUUCUCUUGGUCAUGGUGUAGUAGACCCCUACCACUCCGCACUAAGCAUAACAUUAUUAUGAAAGAAACCUCACCAAUGUGUUGGCAUGAACUGCAUGUGAAAAAAGAUGCACUUUGAUAGACCUCUUACUGCAGGUUGGUAGGCUCCUGGUCUGCCUGCCUCUUGAGUUGAGCAGACCCCAAAUAUAUCUAUCACUGCAGGCGUGUGGUCCAGAGAGUGUGCAGUCUCUUGAGUUUACCUGUCGCAGUAGGAGUGCAGUCCUGGGGGCUGCCUUUCUCUUGAGAUGUGCAGUCCAGAGGUCUACCUUUCACGAGACUUCCUGUACCUGCAGGUGUGUAGUCCGCGAGGACUUCCUGUACCUGCAGGUGUGUACUCCAGGAGAACUUCCUGUACCUGCAGGUGUGUAGUUGUCACUUGGUAGGAGGGUUUAGUCAAAUGACUCUUCCAAACAAGACUGUUACUGACUUAAAAAUACAGUUUAUAUUUGUAUAGUUAAAUUUGCAGAGGUCAGUAUUUUAUAAUGAAUAGAGAAUAUAAGAAAUAAUAAACUAGAUAUUUAUAAAUAUCAACUGGUGCUGUUAUGCGAAGUACGCAAAAUGUGAAAGGGAAGUGAACUUUCAAAGGAGUUUCUCUGGGUAACCCAUAUUAAGAAAAACAUUUGUUUUUAGUAUUCAGAAGAUUCAUUUCACCAAUAUUAUUAAUCUGUUUUGCUUUUAAACUGGUUUGUUAUGUAUAGAUGAAUGUAUAUAUGAUUUAAUGCUUGUUUUGUAUGCGGCUUCAGAUGGUUACUUGAAAUUAGUAUUUAAAUAUGACCAGAAGUCUAAAGCUACUGUGUUGUGUUACUCUCUUAAUGCCGUGCCCAGUAAACCAAUGAACAUU